AUGCUUCGGUUGGGGCCAUACCCGCCCCCGCUGAUCGACAUCUCCGGCCCCGAGGAACUAUGGACAGACAAGUUCGACAGUGUUCCGAUCCUUGCCAGCGACCUGGAAUCAAGCGUCGCCUCACCGUUGGAUGACCCCUCGGAACCACGGUGCUUGGAGAUUCUAGAGGCAAAGCCCGAGUCUGUGCAGGAACACAUCAAUGCCGUCCUGGGCUUCAACACCUUUCGCCGACUUGGGCAGGUGGUGCAGGAGGCAGCUCCCUCAGAGCUUGAGGCGGAGCGGCGCGAGGAGCUGCAUGAGCGGGCAUUGGAGGCCCUGAAGGCCGCAGUGCAGCGGCGGGCUGCAGAGGAAAAGUAUGCUGAGACACCAGCGGCUGCGACGGUGCCACAAGCAAGCCCGCAGCUUUCCGUGACGUCGGUGACGACCGGAACGCCCUCGUCUUCUCAGUCUGAGGUCGGCAGCAAUGGCGGAGUCGAGGAGGACACUGCAUGGGAGGACCAUGUCCAUUCGCAAAUUCGCUGGGCCGCAGAGGCAGCGAAGUUCCGUCAGGACGACUCCGCAGUACCCUGGGUGGAGGCACUUCGGGGAGUGGGCCCUCCGGGCCAGUUCGAGGUGACCUCAGCUCAGAUUCGGGCUGCAGAAUACUUUCAGGAGCAGCAAAUGUAUGAGCAAUACCUCCUGGAGUUGCAACGUUACCAACAG